AUGACCAAAGCAGAGGCUUUCAGUUUCCAGCAGCAUGCAGAAGAGGUAAAGGAGGGAUUCGAUCAGGUAUCUGCUGAACUAGAAGUCUCAGCCAGUCUCAGCAGAAGGAGAAGCAGUCAGCCUCACCAAUGCAAGAGCUCACAGCUAUGGGCCUCAAGUAAAAAAUGGCAGGAAAAGGCAGAGCUGUUGAACAGGCUUGAGAGCCAGGUGAAGCGAAUGAAGGAGGGUUUUGAUUCCAAAGAGAGAAUGCUGAUAGAGAAAAGUGUAAAGGCUUCACAAGCACACCGAGCAGCAGUGAUAAAGUUUCACAGUGUGGACAAUGCAUUCCGUAGACAACUGGAAUCUCUGCAAGCUUCCCAUCAGACUGAAAUACUUAGUCUUGCGAAUGACAAACAGAAACAAAUAGAAAAAGUCAAUAAGAAGGUGCUCCUGGUGGAAGAGGAAGUGUGCCAGCUGCUUGAGGAAACUGAGAGUAAUAAAAGGGUAAUGGAGGAGAAAAUGAGAUGCCUCACACAAGUGCUGAAAGACUUCCCAUCCAUUACAAACCAAAGACAAAAACGUGGAAAUGCCCUUUUCAAGACUUAUGACACUUAUGUCUCUAUGUAACCUAGCUACUGGAAGUUUUUUUUUUUUUUUGGCUUUAUGCUUCAUAUUAUAUAAAAUGUUGAAAUUGUGAAACUUAUUUCUAUUACAAAAUCAUUAAUAUAUAUGUAUAUAAUCUAAAACUUUUGUACCUUUAGCAUAAAACAUUAUAUACUGCAUUUUUUUUAUACCAUAGGCUUUUUAAAAAUUAUAUAAUGAAAUUAUAAACUCCUUGUUACGCUGUGUUUGUUGUGUAUUUUGGAGAAUUCGAUUACAUUUUAAAAGUGUGUUGAAUUCUCAAAGCAUUGCCUGUAUUCUGUUCGAACCUCUGAUCUUUAUACCGUUAAGUGUUCUUCGAACUCUCGAGCAGAAGCGCUGUCAUAGUAACGGUAAUCCAACGUCAUUU